AAACCUCUAUCGUCUAGGGUUUCAGGUCACGUUAUAUAUCCAAAUGUUCAUCGUUUUCUGUCCACUGUCUCUCGCAAUACCUUCCAGGCCGCCGAGCAAAAUCGUUGUUGUCUCUUCUCCAAUCUCUCGAAAUGGCGACGGUACCGGGGCAGCUGGUGUGGGAGAUCGUGAAGAAAAAUAACUCCUUUUUGGUUAAGGAGUUCGGUGAUGGCACCGCUGGUGUCACGUUCAGCAAAGAGCCCAACAAUCUCUGCAAUCUUCACUCAUACAAGCACUCUGGAUUGGCAAACACGAAAACUGUUACCAUUCAGGGGGGAAAAGAUCAAACUGUGCUGCUUGCUACAACAAAGACCAAAAAGCAGAACAAGCCUGCUAAGUUGCUCAACAAGUCUGUCAUGAAGAAGGAAUUCUGCCGAAUGGCCAAGGCUGUUACCAGCCAGGUUGCAGAUAACUACUAUAGGCCAGACUUGAAGAAGGCUGCCCUUGCAAGAUUGAGCGUAGUAAACAGGAGCCUCAAGGUUGCAAAAUCUGGUGUGAAGAAGAGGAACAGGCAGGCUGUAUGAGCACUGCAGCAUUGAAGUAUCAUCAUCCUUUGACCAUCCAGUCCAGUUUUGGAUUUUGCAUUUUUGUUCUCCUUUUUAACUUUCAGUUGUGGUCAUUGUGGAGAUAAUAUCAUCAUAUUUUGAGUAAUAUUAGACAGUAUAUUUGGAUCUUAUACCAUUCAACCCA